AUGAAAAUAUUAUUUAAUAAAUUAAUUAAAACAUUAAUAAUAGUAAUAAUAUUAUUUAUUACAAUUAGUAAUGGUAGUGAAAUGAAAGGAUCAUCUGCAACAUCACAUAUACCAGCAACAGCAACAGCAUCAACAACCACAAUAUCAACAACAAUAAAUGAAAUGAAUGAAAAACAAAAAUUAUAUUCACCAAGAGAAAUUCAUUUAGCGUUAACAAAUAAAGAUGAUGAGAUGGUAGUAACAUGGAUUACAAAAGAUAGAAUUAAUCAACCAAUAGUUUAUUUAUUUAAAGGUGAUUGUAGCGUAGUAACAUCAAAUAUAAACAAUAAUAAUAAUAAUAAUAAUAAUAAUAAUAAUAAUAAUAAUAAUGAACAUAAUUCAUUUAAUAUAUCAAUUGGUAAAUCAAUAGUUUAUAAUGGGUUAGAAGGAUAUGUUCAUAGUGUAACAUUAAAUAAUUUAGAAUUUGGUAAAACCUAUUGUUAUUCAGUAGGUAGUGGUAAUAUAUAUAGAAGUGAUAUUAAAGGUUUAGUAAACCAACAACAGCAAAACAAUAAUAAUAAUGAUAAUGAUAAUAAUGAUAAUGAUGAUAAUGACGAUUUAUUAAGAUGGAGUAAAUGGAUAUCAUUUAAAACCAAAUCAAAUGAAAUUGAUCAUGUCACAUUUGGAGCAUUUGCAGAUAGUGGUACAUGGGGGGAUGUGCAUGAGGUAGUGGCAUCAAUGUGUAGGGAUGAGUCUUUGACAUUGGCAAUUCAUGGUGGCGAUUUAUCGUAUGGAUUAAAGGAAGAGGUUUGGGAUACAUUUGGCGACAUUAUCGAGCCAUUGGCAUCUAGGAUGCCAUUCAUGGUGAUACCGGGUAACUGGGAUGUGAAAGAGGGUGCAUUGCAGCCAUUUGUCAAUCGUUAUCCAAUGCCACUAGUUUACAAGCAACCCACAAUUGAAAAGAAGCGUAUAUCAGCGACCGCAUCAACAGCAUCGAUAACCACCCUCCAAACCAACCCCAACCUAUACUACUCAUUCAGAUACACUCAUGUCUAUUUCAUAAUGCUAUCAUCAUACGACCCAUACUCAAUCGGCAGUCUACAAUAUAAAUGGCUAGUGAGCGAAUUAGAGUUGGCCAAUACCAUGCGUCAGCAGUACCCAUGGCUGAUUGUAAUUGCCCAUAGUCCAAUGUACUCCUCCUCAACCGGCCACGGAGGUAGCGACAUUGGUGUGCGUACGCAAUUGGAAUGGUUGUACGACGUCUAUAAUGUCAAUAUCGUAUUCAGCGGCCAUGACCACGGGUAUGAACGUACUCAUCCAGUGUUGGCUGAAAAAGUAUUGAAAAUGAAUCACAACUCUCAAUAUAAGAGUAAAGAUGGCACAAUUCACAUCCUAGGUGGUACUGGUGGUGCCACCGCUGAUCCUUGGUUCGAUGAACAACCAAAUUGGUCCGCCGUUAGAGAAUCAACUUCAGGUUACACAAAAUUCAUUGCUCAUAAACAAACUCUUCAAGUGACCUAUCUUCGUAUGAAUGGUACUUUAGGUGACCAUUUUCAAAUUACAAAUGAAUUUCCAACACUAGAUUCAAUUAAAUCCUCAAAAAUUUUCUCACAUAAUAAUGUAAAUUCAAAUCCUUCUGAACAUACUGGUGUCUUUUUAUUAUUUUUCGCUUUAAUAGUAUUUGUUUUCCCAAUUUGCGCUUAUUAUAAAUUACCUCAUUUAAUUUUUAGUUCUUUGGUACCAAAACCAAUGAUUUCAAAUAAAUCAAUGGUUUAA